GCGAGUUCCGGCGGAAGGAGCUGGGCUGGCGCUAGCAGGCAGUUUCCGCGCCUUCGCCUCGGUGGCGGGGCGGCUGAGCUGUGCCUUCAAGGAGCUGUGCCCCACUACCUCCCUCCUCCCCCCGUUCCCGCUGCCGCCUCUGGCCAUGUUGCUGCCGUCCGACGUGGCCCGGCUGGUGCUGGGGUAUUUACAACAAGAAAAACUUCUGGCUACCUGCCGUGAAUUUAUUUUGGAAAGCUCAGAUUUGAAAGAAUAUGCAGAGCACUGUACAGAGGAUGGGUUUAUUCCAGCCUGCUUGCUGUCCCUGUGUGGAAAAAACUUGACAACCAUUCUUAAUGAAUAUGUGGCCAUGAAAACAAAAGAAACAACAAGUGAAGUUCCAGCAAUGAUGUCAUCUCUGUGGAAAAAAUUAGACUAUACACUUUCUCAGAUCAGGAGCAUGCAGAAUUCCACAGGAUUUUCUGCUAAUCAAAGGACACGUACAAGAAGUGGAAUUGUGGAAAUGAAAAGACAGAGAAUGCUUCAGCAGUCAGCUCCUACGAACUCAGGAUUGUUAUCAGUAGCCUGUCAAUCAGGGCCGCAGAAUUCCUCUUCUGUUGUAUCUCCUCAAGUUAUUCACAGGCCACCAAUAAAUCAAAGCAUAUCACAGACAAGACUGAACACAUUGUUUGUGCACCAGUCACAAACCCAGGAAAACAAGAGCAGCAGAGAUUUCAUCCACAUUCAGGUACCAGCAUCACAAGAACGAAAGCUUCAUUCAAACUUGCUCUCUCCAGGAAGACGGAAAAGUGAAUCUCAGAAGAGGAAAAGUAUUACAACAUCUGGACCUCUUUCGGCAACUAGAAGUUCUCAAGACACUGAUGAAGUAAUAACAGAAAGUGAGCCUCUUGAAGAAUUCAUAGAUGGUAACUUCCCACAACUGGUUAUUGAAAAUGCCAGAGAAAAAAUCUUGAGCAACAAAUCUCUUCAGGAGAAGCUUGCUGAGAACAUUAACAAAAUCCUGGGCAGUGAUGGCAACGUUGCUCAGGCCCCUAAACAGACAGACAGUGGUCCCUCGGAACAGGAGACUUCAAUUGAUGAAAUCCUUGGACUCCAGGGUGAAAUCCAUAUGUCAGAAGAAGCUAUACAGGACAUUCUAGAACAGACAGAAUCCGAUCCAGCUUUUCAGGCACUCUUUGACUUGUUUGAUUAUGGAAAGAGCAAAGUAAACAAGAAUUUACCUGCUGGUAUUUCUGGUCAGAGUGGAGUAGAAAAUGGAAUCCUGGUGGAUGAGGAUAACCUGGAAACACUUGAAAGUUCUUUAGGAACAGAAGAUUCUAGUAUAUGUGAUAAUUCUAGAGAAUCGCUAUCCUGUAAAGGUUUUCAGUUAGGAGAAACAUCAUGUGCCUUGAAGACCAGCAUUAACAAUGAUGAUGCAGCUAAGAAAAAUACAACUAGUGACCAGCUGCAUGGGAAUUGUACACCAAGGAAGCAGACUGAAGUACUUAAAACCAUUACCCCUGAACAUAUUGGAGAGCUUGAAAUCGCUUUUGACUCUGUGUCUGGUUUGACUGAACCUGACAAGAGACAGAGUUCUGAUAGCAAAUGUAAUGAAUGCUGUGGAGAUUCUUAUGGUAAAAAAGAGUUGCCUGCAUUAGUGGCUGAAAGUGAAAGAGCUAUGGAAAUUGGAAAAGGACCAUUAAUUCAUAGUGCUCAAAGUACUCCUAAUUUAGAAUAUGUUCAUUCUGGUAGUCCACAGAUUUCUUUGAUUUCAUUGGCAGAAGGAAGUACAGCCAGUGAAAACAGAACACAUUCUGGAAGUAAAUGUCACUUAUCACCAGAUACAUCACUAUCUGAAAAAAUACUUACUGAAAGCCCUUCUAAUGGGAGCCCUGGCCACAGUGUACUGCUGAGAAAAACCAAUUCCUCAAUUUCUAGCCCAUCAGCAGAUGCAGGAAAGGAACAGGACACAACAAAUGGUACAGCUGCCUUACCUGGUAUUUUACAGGAGAACUCUGUCCAUCAGGAGCAGAGUACGCAAUCAGACUGUGCUGCAAGAGCUGCAGUGAAGGUUUCUGAUCUUGACAAAGCAGAGUUGCAGCUUGAAGUUGUUGAUACCUCUAACAAAACUUGCUCAAAUGAUCAGCAUACACUUGAUAAGCCUUGUAAGAAAUAUUUAAGCUUCCCUUCAGAACUGUCAAGCUUGGAGGGAACACAAGGGGAAGUGCAGGAACCUUCAUCUUCUACAAAAGUAGAUGCUGAUAAUGUAUAUUUCUCUUCUGGUGAUGACGCAUGUACAGAAAUUUCUGUAGUACCCACUGAAAAUACUCUUACUACAUCUGAAAUAUGCCACUCUCCUCUCCCAGAAACUGCAUCCUCAACAGAUGAGUCAGGUACUGAGGCCAAAAGUGUAAGCGGUGUAUCUUCUAGCAGUCAGCCGAUGGAUGUUGAUCCUUCUAAUAUAAUGUCCCUCAAGAUCAUCAUCAGCGAUGAUCCAUUCAUUUCAUCUGACACAGAGUUAAAUAAUGCUGUUUCCAGCAUCACAGGAGAAAAUUUGCCAACUAUAAUACUGUCUUCUCCAGCCAAAUCCCCAACCAAAACUGCAGGCCUGUCCAAAUGUCUGACUUCAGAAGACACUGAAAAAAACGUGGAUUCAGAUUUGACAGAGCAGAAUCUUCUUGUACUUAGACCUAAGGAUCCUGUGGUCACCUCAGUCAACACUCAGAAUGAAGACUGCCCUGUGUUUUCAGUUGCAGGUACAACUAACCUUUCCAAGGAAGGGGGAUUUAUACAGUUGAUGCCAGCAACAAGCACAGCUUUUGGGAAUUCAAGCAACCUUUACAUAGCCACCUGUGUGACUGAUCCAGCUGCCUUGGGCACAGCGGUAACACCAUCAAAUGUAGUUGUAUUGCCUGGCAAUUCUAUGCCACUUGCUGCCCAAGCUCCAGCAGUACAACAGUUACGGACUCCUCCUAGAUCCAGCAGUACAUUUGCAGCAAAUCAGGCUGUCUCCCCAAACUUCGCACAAGGUUCUGCCAUUAUAAUUGCAUCUCCGGUGCAGCCUGUUUUGCAAGGAAUGGUGGGAAUGAUACCUCUCUCUGUAGUAGGACAAAAUGGAAAUACAUUCUCGGCACCUGCCCGUCAGGUUCUACAUAUGCCUGUGGCUAAUACAGUGUGCAACAGAAGUGUCCCAAAACUACCCAUCCCUCCCAAAUCACAAAAGAUUCCUGGAGCAAGAAACAAGACUAAUACAGGAAAACUGGUACCGAGCGCAGCUGAGCCUUUGAACCACGCAAGUUCUCGAACACAAAGAACUGGAAACUCAGACAAGCUUAUCACUGCAGAGCUAGGAAGGAAGGUGGAGGAGAACUUACCUGUUGCACCAGUAGAAAGCACAAGCUCGAGUUCAAGGCAAAGUGAAAGCCACAGAAGAGUGCUUUGCUUUGAUAACGUCCUACCUGCUCCAGGAGGAAACACACAAAUUCAGACUACUAAGAGUUUAUCCCAGAAAGAAAGAAAUGAAAAUACUGUAUUUGCUGUUGACUCUGCAUCGUCCUCUGCUAAGGCACAGGUAGCAAAGAGAGAGAAAGAUAAAACAUUGCCUAGAAUUCUCUGUAAGCCAGAAGUUGGUAGCAACAGAAGCGCAUCUGCAAAGGAGCUGCAGCCUGAGCGGAAGGCAUCAGCUGCAGGGCUUCCGUUAGAUCCCUUCCACAAGACUACAGCAAAUAAAGAAAAUGAAUUACAAAGGGAUACUGAUGAAAAACAGAAGAGCCAGGACACUGCCAAACUCUCAAAUGGCCAACAGAGCGUAAGCUUGUGGAAUGAGAAGACAGUUGCUUCAGUGCCGGAGCUGAACAAAAAGCAAGGGUCGCUGUCGAGUGGAAAUGGCAAAUCCUCAGUGUCUGUUUCUUUGUCUUCGAAGGAGCCAAAGAGAGAACCAGCUAAAGUUUCCAGCCAAGGCCUUUGCCUGUCAAGCCCAUUCACUAAGCAGUGUGUGGAAAUGCUGCAAGACAUUCAGUGGCACAGCCCCACUAGUAAAACAGUUGAGAACGGAGAAUUGCCUGUCCCCCGUACGCCGUCUGGAGUUGGGGACAGGCACACAGAUGAUACUACAGACAGCGUGCGGACACCGAUGUGUCGGCGCUUCAACGAGGACAGCACCACCCCUAGAAUCAUGGUGCCUCCUGCUACACCAGACCUGCCUGCCUGCAGCCCAGCCAGUGAAACAGGCAGUGAGAACAGUGUCAGCAUGGCUGCUCACACGCUCAUGAUCCUGUCCCGGGCAGCCAUUGCCAGGACUAGCACUGCAACCCCCCUGAAGGACAACACCCAGCAGUUCCGAUCCGUAAGGAGCGCAGUAAAGAAAAGGAAACUGGAGGACUUGAACGAGGGUGAGAGAAAUUCUCGUUCUGCAACUAGGAAAGACCUUCAAAGCUCUCCAACACCAUCAAAAAAGAAGAAAAUAAAGGCAAGUGCUGGCAUUUACUUGCUAAUUCUAAACAUACAUUAGUUGUCUAUAUAGAUAUUUAUGAAGAAAUGGUUCAGAGGUGCUAGUCCAAAUCCCAGAUACUCUAGUUAUAUUUGUCAGAUUUACUAACUUUGACUCUUCAGCCUCCUCUGAACUAAGUUUUCUUAAGAUUAGUAUAGCCCAAAUACAAGGGGGAUGUGGACCUGUUUGAGUGAGUCCAGAGGAGGCCAUGAAGAUUGUCCGAGGGCUGCGGCACCUUUCCUGUUGAGACAGUCUGAGAGAGUUGGGCUUGUUCCAUCUGUAGAAGAGAAGGCUCCAGGGAGGCCUUAGGGUAGCUUCCAGUGCCUAAAGGGGCCUACAAGAAAUCUGGAGAAGGUCUUUUUAGAAGGGCAUAUAGUGACAGGACAAGGGGGAAUGGAUUUAAACUGAAAGAGGAGAGAUUUAGGUUAAGUAUUGAGAAGUUGUUUGCUACUGUGAGGAUGGCGAGACACUGAAACAAGUUCCCAGAGAAGCUGUGGCUGCCGCAUCCCUAGCAGUGUUCAAGGCCAGUGUUCAAGCCCCUCUUGAGCAACCUGGUCUAGUGAAAGGUGUCCCUGCCUGUUGCUGGGGUUUGGAAGUAGGUGAUCUUUAAGGUCCUUCCAAUCAAAACCAUUCUGUGAUUCUAUGACAGUCUUCAGAUACCCACAAGUAAACUCCUACUGAUGCUGCACAUACCUAUGGAAUCUGUUAAAUGAGUUUCUGAAUUCUUAACUUCAAACUAUGUUUCCAGGUGGAAUGUAGGAAAUAGGACAAACUCAAACUAGGCCUUGCUAGGAUUCUAUACAUUCUUGCAUCCCCAUUUUCCAUCAGGACUAGGAACCCACAUUUUAUGUAUUCCCAGUCCCUGCAGUCCAUAGCACCAUGCAUUUGACUUGAGGAUUUAAUGACAAAUAGCAAAGAUGAGUUGAGAAAAGGUGAUACAUGCAAAGAAUCCAAAAGAAAACGUGGUAUAGCUCUGUAACUCACCGGGCUUAGAACACACUCCUGAAAUACUGAGAAACACUGACUUACUCCUGUGUACAUGACAAGCCAGAGGCCGUGCCCUCCUGAAGCCUGGGUUGGCUCCUGCUGGAUCAGAGCAUGCAGCUACUCCUGUCCCCUAAGCCAACAGCAUACAGCCAUUCCCGUGUCUGUUCCAAUGGGAGCUUAGUGCAUUUAUGUCUACAGCACAGAUGGAAGGCUGAGGAAGAAAGGGAUGCUUCAUCAGUAGCCCCAGGCUCUCAGUAUUUAACCUAACUGUUCUCUUCCUCUCCUACAGAAAAAGAAGUUACCGAAUUCUUUCCCAGCAGGCAUGGAUGUGGACAAGUUCUUGUUGUCUUUGCAUUAUGAUGAGUGAAAAAAUAAAGAAGCUGAGCUGUGACUGUUCAAAGCCAGGUGGUAUUUGCCGAGGUUUUGCAUGAGAAGUUAAUUCUAAAGGGUGAGUUGCACUUUCAGUGCACUGGAGUUUCACUUUAUAGCAAAAUCAUGCUGUUCCUGAAGCAGGUUGCUAAGUGUAAAUAUCAUUGAGUUGGUCUGUGUUUAUUUCUGAAAAAGCACUUGCGUAAUUAUAGAGCCAUUUAAUUUGCAAAGUUGUAAAUUUGUAUAAAUGUACUGUAAGAAAAGUUGUAUGUUUCCUGUUACACCACGUUGUCUGUGUUCUGCUGCAUUCUCUACUUCCCCUCCAAACCGCUUAGACAGUUUGUGAAAGGCGGUGUUUGUAGUUCACUAUUCUGAGACAGGGGCCACUUCCCAUUGUCUCAUUGAAUCCAAAAGUGAUUUAAUCUUUGGGUGAAACUGCCUUGUUCUAACCGUCUCUCCCUCCUAACUGUCAAACCCAUGCUGUAAGGCUUUGAAUGAGUUAACAAGAAUGCCGGUAACUAAACAUAAGGCCAGUAUAAAACCUCCAAACAUAUUUCUCAUCUAAUGAAGCUCUGCCCAGCCAGUUAUCCAGGUAAAGCUUUCAUCUGGAUGAGCCUCUGUUUGCAGUAGCGGCAGUUGAGUGCAGAAGCUGUUUCCAGACAGUGUGCUGUGCUGUUGGGUUAAUUCCCCUAUGCCUACCCCAGUUGUAUGAACACUGAACCUGUUGCAACAGCCAGACAAGCAUUUUGGGGUGUUCUGUUGCAAAAGUCGGUUCUUUUAACUGUCAUUUGUACUGGUGAGUUAGCGUUUGUUAACCCCCCUUGUGCUUUCAGCCAGACACAGAAGAAUUGGCAGCUAAUCUUUCUGUUUGAUGCAGAAUUUUUCUACAAACUGUCUUCCAGACAGGCCCAGGAGAAGCCCAGCCCUACAUUUGAGUAAUAAUUAGCAUGGGUAAAAAUUACCACACUAGCCUUGCUCCAGUACUGCAGGAUUUUUACUGGUAUUUCCUUCUUUGUUCUCAAAUUGUUGAGGUCUUAAAAAGUUGCAAGUUUUCUCGUAAGAGAUCUGUACAGCGACAGGGCAAUGGUUCAGAUAGUAUACAAGGAUUCCUAAGGAACCAAUAUUAUGCAGUAGAUGUUUAUAUUAAACCCAUCCAAUAACUGAAUACUGCAUAGCAUUCACAGCUUGAAUAAAUAUUUUUAGUUUAAUAACAA